AAACCUGGUGAUUUAUACUGACGAAAUGCAUUUUUGCCUUUUUGGAUGUCGUCAUGGACUCUGACAUUAACGGUGUUGCUUUUGUCGCUCUGCUUUUUCCCCUCACUGUGUCCCCUGUGACCAGGGAAACUGCUGGUACCGCUCUGACCAAAUCCUUCCUGCCUUCUAGGAAGCUCUUUGCAAAGCUCAUCAAGAUUUUGCCUCUCUUUGGGUAAACAUCAUCGCUAUCUGGGACUUCUUGAUCGUUAGGAAUUUCCUCAACUGUUGCCGCCCUGAAAAUAAUAAUCACUGGCGAACCUUAAUCACAAGCCACUCUUGAGAGAGGGAGAGCGAGACAAAUGCAAGUCGCUAUGGACGUAUGGAGCGUAAAACCUGGAUUGGACACAGUUUUUAUCGAGUGACAGGAAACCAGAAGAUCAGGAUUUGUGUUUUUUGUCUUACCACUGAGGCACGGUUUUGUGUCACAGCAUUUGAUGCAUAAGAGAGUUUUUACCAAACCUGCUUUCCUAUCUCCUCUCAUCUGACUUUCAUACCGGCAAGUAUUUGAACCCUUAAGUGAUGUUUCUUAGUGAGUAAACGACUAAUUCUUCAUUAAUAAUCUCUUUUAAAAUGGGAUUCAGCUGCUCUAAUGUCUUUGAAUCAAAUCUGCGGGGAAAAGAGUAGAUCUACAGAGAGAUUUAAUGAUGUGCUUGUAUUGCAGUAAUUACAGGAGGUAUAACCAUGUUUCACUUUUGAUUCCAGAUGAUUGGAAUGUGACCCCCCCCCCCCCUCCCCCCGGCACGCUCAUCACUGAGAAACUUUGGACUGAACUCUGACCUGCAGAUUAGCCUGUUAAGUCUCACUUUGAGUCAUGAAUUGGGGACAAUAAGAUACAGUAGAAGUUUCACUUUUAAGCCAGAGGGAUCAUUCGCUCUGAGGAGGCACAGGUGGAUUGAUCUCCAGAAUCUCCCAGAGAAGCUUGUGCUUGAGACGGCGCUGCAGUCAUGGGGGAGUGGGGCUACCUCGGCGGACUCUUUGACAGCCUCCAGGCUCACUCGCCGAUGCUUGGACGCUUCUGGCUCUUGAUCAUGCUCGUGUUCCGGAUCCUGAUCCUAGGAACCGUCGCCAGUGACUUGUUUGAGGACGAACAGGAGGAAUUUGCCUGCAACACCCUCCAGCCCGGCUGCAAGCAGGUGUGCUAUGACAUGGCCUUCCCCAUCUCCCAGUACAGGUUCUGGGUGUUUCACAUCGUCCUCAUCGCCACACCUUCCCUGAUUUUCCUCAUGUAUACCAUGCACCAGCACAACAAGAGGGCCGAACGCUCCAAAUUUGGCCCUGUGAGCAACCGGCAGCUGCAUCGAGAAGACCGCCGUUUAAGGAGUUUCUACAUCGUCAACGUGGCCUUUCGCAUGGUUGCCGAAGUUGGAUUUCUUGUGGGCCAGUGGCUCCUGUAUGGCUUCAAGGUGGAGGCCCAAUUCCCCUGUAGCCGCUUCCCUUGCCCGUACACCGUGGACUGCUUCACCUCCCGCCCCGCAGAGAAAACGGUCUUCCUCUGCUUCUACUUUGUUGUCGGGGUGGUGGCGGCGAUAUCCAGCUGCAUAGAGCUCUUCUACAGCUCCCUCAAGUGGUUUUGCAUAAGCUGGGAGCCCAGUCCCCCGCCCACCCCGCCCACCCCGCUGGAGCGCUCCUGCGACUGCCAGAACCUGCACAACAUCAAGCAAGAGGAGGUGGAGGCACAGGACAAAGGGAAGAUGGGCCAGGAGAGCGUGAGGCUGAAGGGGGGAUCGCUGAGGAGCAGUCGCAAGUCCUCCAGCCUCGGCCACAAGACCAGGAGCGGGAAAUACGUCAACAGCAAGACUUUCAUGGUGUGAGAGUCUCGGUUUGAACACGCUGUCAUCACAACACUGUCUCUCUUCUUUUUUUCCCCUUUAUUUAAAUGUAACCGUUGCACAAUGAUUUCACUGGAUUGCGUAAUCGUUUCACUCUAAAUUGAGUGGAGGAUUUGUUUGUGAUGAGAAAACCUCAUCAAGAAAGAAAGAAAAAGUACGCCCAGCACUGAAGAUAAGACUUUGUUGUCUUGUUUGUGUUGAAUGUGAAUCAUUACAGACACUGAUUGCUUCUUUGUUUCAAAGAGGACAGAUUCUUAUCUCCCCAUGAAACGGAACAUCCGCCCUAAAAUCACUGAGUUAUUCUGGUGAUUUUUGAACACUGACGUCAAAAUCUUUUAAGUAGUUUUUUGUAAACUAGAAAACAUUUUUGUUUGAUGAGAACGUUAAUAACCCUUGAGCUGCAGUUGCUUUGGGGAAGAGAAAUGGUAGAGAUUGUGUUUUAAAGCACAACAGUUCUGCACGCUGAUUCACCGAGGCCUUGAGUAUGUUAUUUAUCUGUUUUUAUAAGACUGCCUUUGUUUGAUUUAUGGAACCAAUUUUAAAUAAACAAAACACCAUUUUAGCCAAGGCUAAAAAACAAAA